AAACAUUAGCGAGCUAGCCAGUUGUCUGGUUAGCUACUCUCAGGCGCAGCGUAGUUAGUUAGCUGGAGCUUGCGGACAGACAGCAAUAGAUUUUCAUCCCGUUAAUGUCACCUAUUUUACUCAGCUGUCGACGAGAAUUAAACUUUAAUUUGCCGUUUUGAAGCGGAGAACAUUCGGCCAAAUGCAGUCACCAGCUAGAUAUAACUAACGGGCGGAGAGGAAGGUCCCUUUUCUCUCUCUCUCUGAAAAGUGGCUAACCUUAGCUAACGUUAAGUAAGCAGCAGAGUCACCAGCGUCUCCUCUUGCCAACGAGAAGAGCCGAGGGAGGCUGGAGAUAUGUGAUUGUGGGUUAGCUGGCUGGUUAGCUCAUCUAAUGCUGGCGGACACUGGGUGGUAUAUGUGUUCGUGUCACAUCACUGAAAUUACCCAGGCAGAGUGGAACUGAGACAACCAGCCAGACAUCGCCACCAUGUUGGAGGAAGACAUGGAAGUGGCCAUCAAGGUGGUCGUGGUCGGCAACGGAGCUGUCGGCAAGUCCAGUAUGAUCCAGCGUUACUGCAAGGGCAUCUUCACUAAGGACUACAAGAAAACCAUCGGAGUGGACUUUCUGGAAAGGCAGAUACUCGUGAAUGACGAAGAGGUUCGACUAAUGCUGUGGGACACCGCCGGGCAGGAGGAGUUCGACGCUAUUACCAAGGCCUACUACCGUGGCGCCCAAGCAUGUGUGCUAGUCUUCUCCACCACAGACAGGGAGUCGUUUCAGGCUAUUGACAGCUGGAGGGAGAAGGUGGAGGCAGAGGUCGGAGAUAUUCCCACCGUUCUAGUGCAGAACAAAAUUGACUUGCUAGAAGAGACUGUUAUAAAAAACGAGGAGGCUGAAGCUUUGGCUAAAAGGCUGAAGCUGAGAUUUUAUCGAGCUUCAGUAAAAGAGGACCUUAAUGUCAAUGAAGUUUUUAAGUACUUAGCUGAGAAGUAUCUUCAGAGACUCAAGCAGCAAACAGCAGAGGAGACAGAGGUGGUCCACACAACAAGCAAUAAAAUAGGUGUUUUUAAUACCACAAGUAGUAAUGUCUGCAGCCAGAGCUCCAGCAACGGCAGAGAAAUCAUCACUUUGCGACCUAACAAACAAAGGACCAAGAAGAGUAAAAAUCCUUUUGGAAGCUGCAGCCUACUCUAGAUAACAUCAUUUCAUUUUAGUGACUGACUAUUGUUUCUGAGACUAGAGUGAUUAUUGUUGUAUUCUGUGGAGGUAGCCACAUUUAGAGACCAAAGCCCAUACAGACUGGGAAAAUACUACUCUAUACUACUUUGAUAACUUGACAUCCAAUCUGAAUCCUAAGUUGUUUCCCUACAUUGAUGGUUGGAUUUCCUUUUGAUUCAGCCUUGGAUCUCCAUCAAUGAUCUGUGCACAAAACCUGUCAAUGUUUGUUCACUCUUUGGUUCCCCUUGUGGUUGCCUGUCAUAACAGCAACAGCUGCGGCUACAGUGCAUGUACAGUAUGUUGUGUCAUGAGAUGAUUUUUACACCCACUCCUGUUUUUGACAUUUCAACUGUGCAAUCUGUUUGCGUGUAUUGUAGAAGAUACACAGAUUAUUUUGUACCAUAUUUUUCUAACUGUCAACAGAAUAUGGUUCAAACUAUACUGUUUAUCAUGGACAAAACACUUAUCGAAUCCAGAGUUAAAGUAUUUUUGUACGAAUCACAACAGUGUUGAGUGAUAUUUUCUCUGAAGUGUUGACAUAGUGCCAAAUUUCCUCUUUUUGAGCUGUCGUAAGAUAUUAAUAAUUCAGUGAUAUGGAUGUAACAUGAAAUUAGUAGAAUGUGCUCCUAUGUAUAACCAAAUAUCAAUAACUAUUGACACAAAAUAGUCCUCUAUAUGUCAGCUUACACUUUUUUACGGAUUUGUUAACCAAAUUGUAAAACUUUCACAAAGUCUAGGACUUUGUGCAAAACACGAGAGGAAUUAAUGAUUCGUCGUAUCUCGAGUCACAAUCAGUUACAGCAUUAUGUUUCGAUUUCAGUUGUUUACAUUUUAUUUAACUGUGCUUGUCUUUAACUUUGGUACAGCUUUGAGUAACUCAUCGAUCAGACUCUCUAACAUUAAGAUUUUAGUUUUUACUUCUUAUGUUUGUUUGGCUUCUGUAGUAUCUAAUCAGUUUGUAUUGUGUAAGUAUCAUUCUGCUCCUUUUCGAUGGAGGGAAACGAGGAGAAGAAGUUGGAUGAGAAAGUUGUAAGGACUAAAUGCUCACUGUUCAGUGGUGUCUGUCUCUGUGGUAUGAACCCUAAAGCUGACUAUGAGGAGCGGACAUUUUGCUUGUGUGUGCCUGAAAAUGCAAGGAAAUUCGUUUUCCUCUCACUACAUGAGGGUACUCCAAAAAAAAGAUCUCCAAAACUAAUACAGUUAGCUGUGAAUUGUAUGUUACUGCCUUGUCUGCCUCGAGCCUUUUUAUUUUUAUUCCGAAACUCAAUUUCUGAAGGACGCCGGUUUACCAAGCACAAAGAAAUAUAUGGUCAUGUGGAAAAAUUUGAUUUCCUUUAUAAAUAAUUAAGAUAAGUAUUUUACAUGGAAUUAGAAUGUGUAGGAUAUCUGGGAAUACAUGUGCAUACACAUUUUUGUCAUUUAAAAACGUUUUUAUAAUCUCAGAUCUCUGUUAGAAGUUUUUCCCAGAUUCAAAUUAACUACAUUAAGUUCAGACAAGACUGAAUUCAUUCCAGUUAUACCAUUGGUACUAAGAAUGUGUCACAUUUCAAGCUUUCUCAUUUGUUUGUAUGUAAACAGUGGUGUUUUUAAAAAAAAAAAAAAAAAGUGUGGCAUAACUGUAAUGCAUGCAAGCCUUUUUUUCCACAUCAGUGAAUGUCCAACCGUGGUUGCAAUGCCUUGUCCACGUUUACAUUCUCCCCCAUUGACCACCAGUAAGCAUUUUCAUCUCUACUCUUGCUGUUUGUUUAAAAUUGCCUGCACAGUAAAUCUGUAAGUAAUUACUUCUCAAGCUAUCUCUUAUUUGUAACGUUGUGUUUACUUUGCCUCUUUGCUUUUUGACUGAAUGGAUUUAGCGCACUUUAUCAAGCAGAUGGCAUAUAAUCUUAAAGAACCAUAAAUUAAAACUAACCAUACUUAUGUGCUGUCACUCAGGUGUUGUAAUAAUCUUUGUGUCUUACUGUUACUCUUCUUUUUCACACAUGACUUCAUAAACCUAUUUCACAGACUUAGAUAGACAAACCAACAUAAUGUAUGCUUUCAGUCUGACAAAAACAACACUUUGUUGCAUUUUUUUUAUUUUAACAGUUAAAAAUGUAUCACAACUUGAAGCGUGCUACACAACCAUGCACCUGAUGUUAUGUUUGGGGGGGGGAGUUGAUCUGACAUAAAUAAAACUUUACUUUUUUCUUGGG